AUGGGGCGCUGUCGCUUUAAGCGCAGCCCGAGCCGUAAGUACGAGCCCGGCUGCGGGGAGAAAAGGGGGCGGGGGCCGCGGCUGGGCCCGGCCUCCGCGUGGCCCGCGGCCGGCACCUCGGCGGACCUGCGGGGCGUCGGGCGGGCCACUCGGCGGACGGCCGCCUGCGCCCGGGAAGAUGCUCCAUCUGCCCCCGCCCAGGGCGGGGAGGACCGCGAAUUUCCCCCGCAGGAGACCUGCUGGGACGAGAGCAGCUCCCUCAGCAGUGGGCUCAGUGAUGCUUCGGACAACCUCAGCUCAGAAGAGUUCAAUGCCAGCUCCUCACUCAACUCCCUCCCAACGACUCCCACUGCUUCUCGCAGGAACUCCACAGUAGUGCUGCGCACAGACUCAGAGAAACGCUCUCUGGCAGAAAGUGGGCUGAGCUGGUUUAGUGAAUCAGAGGAGAAAACCCCGAAGAAACUGGAGUACGACAGUGGCAGCCUGAAGAUGGAGCCUGGGACUUCUAAGUGGCGGAGGGAGCGGCCUGAGAGCUGCGACGACUCGUCCAAGGGUGGAGAGCUGAAGAAGCCCAUCAGCCUGGGACAUCCGGGGUCCCUGAAGAAGGGCAAGACCCCACCGGUGGCCGUCACCUCCCCUAUCACUCAUACAGCCCAGAGUGCCCUCAAAGUUGCAGGCAAAUCUGAAGGCAAAGCUACAGACAAGGGUAAGCUGGCAGUGAAGAAUACUGGGUUACAACGCUCCUCCUCAGAUGCUGGCCGGGACCGCCUGAGUGAUGCUAAGAAACCCCCCUCAGGCAUCGCACGUCCCUCCACUUCAGGAUCCUUUGGCUACAAGAAGCCUCCUCCUGCUACAGGCACAGCCACAGUCAUGCAGACGGGUGGCUCAGCCACUCUUAGCAAGAUCCAGAAGUCCUCAGGCAUCCCUGUCAAGCCGGUAAAUGGACGCAAGACUAGCCUGGAUGUGUCCAACAGUGCAGAGCCUGGAUUCCUGGCUCCUGGAGCUCGUUCCAACAUCCAGUACCGCAGCCUGCCCAGGCCUGCUAAGUCCAGUUCUAUGAGUGUGACCGGCGGUCGGGGUGGACCUCGCCCUGUGAGCAGCAGCAUUGACCCCAGUCUCCUCAGCACGAAGCAGGGAGGUCUUACACCCUCCAGACUGAAGGAGCCUUCCAAGGUCGCCAGUGGGCGGACCACUCCAGCUCCUGUCAAUCAGACAGAUCGGGAAAAGGAAAAGGCCAAAGCUAAGGCAGUGGCCUUGGACUCAGACAACAUCUCCCUGAAGAGCAUUGGCUCCCCAGAAAGUACACCCAAGAACCAAGCAAGUCACCCUCCAGCCACCAAGUUAGCAGAGCUGCCACCAACCCCUCUCAGGGCCACAGCUAAGAGCUUUGUCAAGCCCCCCUCACUAGCCAAUCUAGACAAGGUCAACUCCAACAGUCUGGAUCUUCCAACGUCCAGCGACACCCUUGCUUCAAAGGUCCCAGAUCUGCAUGCUACCAGCUCAGCAACUGGGGGUCCUCUCCCUUCUUGCUUCACCCCCAGCCCAGCACCCAUCCUCAAUAUUAACUCAGCCAGCUUCUCCCAGGGCCUGGAGCUCAUGAGCGGUUUCAGUGUCCCCAAGGAGAGCCGCAUGUAUCCCAAACUCUCAGGCCUGCACAGGAGCAUGGAAUCCCUCCAGAUGCCAAUGAGCCUGCCCAGUGCCUUUCCCAGCAGCUCCCCAAUCCCCACCCCUCCUGCUGCCCCUGCUGCCCCCUCAGAAGAAGAGACUGAAGAGCUGACCUGGAGUGGAAGCCCCAGGGCAGGACAAUUGGACAGUAAUCAGCGGGAUCGGAAUACCCUUCCCAAGAAAGGGCUCAGGUACCAGCUUCAGUCCCAGGAGGAGACCAAGGAGAGGCGACACUCACACACCAUCGGGGGGCUGCCGGAAUCCGAUGACCAGGCAGACCUGCCGUCCCCCCCUGCGCUCUCCAUGUCCUUGAGUGCCAAGGGCCAGCUCACCAACAUAGUGAGUCCCACUGCGGCCACCACGCCAAGAAUCACCCGCUCCAACAGCAUCCCCACCCACGAGGCGGCCUUCGAGCUGUACAGCGGCUCCCAAUUGGGGAGCACCCUGUCCCUGGCCGAGAGACCCAAGGGAAUGAUUCGGUCAGGAUCCUUCCGAGACCCCACGGACGACGUUCAUGGCUCCGUGCUCUCCCUGGCCUCCAGUGCCUCCUCCACUUACUCCUCACAAAUCCGGAAGCUUCGUAGGGAACUGGAAUCAUCCCAGGAAAAGGUGGCCACCUUGACAUCCCAACUCUCCGCCAAUGCUAACUUAGUGGCUGCUUUUGAGCAGAGCCUGGUGAACAUGACAUCUCGCUUGAGACAUCUGGCAGAAACAGCGGAGGAGAAGGACACUGAGCUGCUGGAUCUACGAGAAACAAUCGACUUCCUGAAGAAAAAGAACUCUGAAGCUCAGGCGGUCAUUCAGGGAGCCCUGAAUGCCUCAGAAGCCACACCCAAAGAACUCCGGAUCAAGAGACAGAACUCCUCAGACAGCAUCUCAAGCCUCAACAGCAUCACCAGCCACUCCAGCAUCAGCAGCAGCAAGGAUGCUGAUGCCAAGAAGAAGAAGAAGAAGAGUUGGCUUCGAAGUUCUUUCAACAAAGCCUUCAGUAUAAAAAAGGGACCCAAAUCUGCAUCCUCGUACUCUGAUAUUGAGGAGAUCGCCACUCCCGACUCCUCAGCUCCUUCAUCCCCAAAGCUGCAACACGGCUCCACAGAGACCGCUUCACCCUCCCUCAAGUCCUCCACCUCGUCCUCCGUGGGCACUGAGGUCACUGAGGCCCCUGCUCAUCCAGUCCCACACACCAGGCUUUUCCAUGCUAAUGAGGAGGAGGAGCCAGAAAAGAAGGAGGUAUCUGAACUGCGCUCUGAGCUAUGGGAGAAAGAGAUGAAACUUACAGACAUUCGCUUAGAGGCUCUCAACUCUGCCCACCAGCUGGACCAGCUUCGGGAGACCAUGCACAACAUGCAGUUGGAGGUGGACCUGCUGAAGGCAGAGAAUGACCGGCUGAAGGUCGCUCCCGGCCCCUCCUCAGGCUCCACUCCAGGGCAGGUCCCUGGAUCUUCUACUCUGUCGUCCCCUCGCCGCUCCCUAGGCCUUGCUCUCACCCAUUCCUUCAGCCCGGGUCUCACAGAUACAGACCUGUCGCCCAUGGAUGGCAUCAGCACCAGUGGCCCCAAGGAGGAAGUGACCCUUCGGGUGGUGGUACGGAUGCCCCCCCAGCACAUCAUCAAAGGGGACCUGAAGCAGCAGGAAUUCUUCUUGGGCUGUAGCAAGGUCAGCGGGAAAGUUGACUGGAAGAUGCUGGAUGAAGCUGUUUUCCAAGUUUUCCAGGACUAUAUUUCUAAAAUGGACCCAGCUGCCACCCUGGGACUGAGCACUGAGUCCAUCCACGGCUACAGCCUCAGCCACGUGAAGCGAGUGUUGGACGCUGAGCCCCCCGAGAUGCCUCCGUGCUGCCGAGGGGUCAGCAGCAUCUCGGUCUCCCUCAAAGGUCUGAAGGAGAAGUGCGUCGACAGCCUGGUGUUUGAGACGCUCAUCCCCAAGCCCAUGAUGCAGCACUACAUAAGCCUUCUGCUCAAGCACCGGCGCCUCAUCCUCUCGGGUCCCAGCGGUACUGGCAAGACCUACCUGACCAAUCGGCUAGCCGAGUACCUGGUGGAGCGCUCCGGCCGAGAGGUCACCGAGGGCAUCGUCAGCACCUUCAACAUGCACCAGCAGUCUUGCAAGGAUCUACAACUCUAUCUCUCGAACCUGGCCAACCAGAUAGACCGAGAAACAGGAAUCGGGGAUGUGCCCCUAGUCAUUCUCUUGGAUGAUCUGAGUGAAACAGGCUCCAUCAGUGAGCUGGUCAAUGGCGCCCUCACCUGCAAGUAUCACAAAUGUCCUUAUAUUAUAGGUACCACCAAUCAGCCUGUAAAAAUGACACCCAACCAUGGCUUGCACUUGAGCUUCAGGAUGCUAACCUUCUCUAACAAUGUGGAGCCCGCCAAUGGCUUCCUGGUCCGUUAUCUGCGGAGGAAGUUGGUAGAGUCUGACAGCGACAUCAAUGCCAACAAGGAAGAGCUGCUCCGGGUGCUGGACUGGGUGCCCAAGCUGUGGUAUCACCUCCACACCUUCCUAGAGAAGCACAGCACCUCGGACUUCCUCAUAGGCCCUUGCUUCUUCUUAUCCUGUCCCAUUGGCAUCGAGGACUUCCGGACCUGGUUCAUUGACCUCUGGAACAACUCUAUCAUUCCCUACCUACAGGAAGGAGCCAAGGAUGGGAUCAAGGUCCAUGGACAGAAAGCUGCUUGGGAGGAUCCUGUGGAGUGGGUCCGGGACACUCUUCCUUGGCCAUCAGCUCAACAAGACCAAUCAAAGCUUUACCACCUUCCCCCACCCACCGUGGGCCCCCACAGCAUUGCCUCACCUCCAGAAGACAGGACUGUCAAAGACAGCACCCCAGGUUCUCUAGACUCAGACCCUCUGAUGGCCAUGUUGCUGAAACUUCAAGAAGCUGCCAACUACAUUGAAUCUCCAGAUCGUGAAACCAUCCUGGACCCCAACCUCCAGGCAACUCUCUGAGAGUCUUGCAGUCUGUCACCCCAGACAGCAGAAGGCUGGCAUCAGCUUCAUUAGCUCCUCCUCUCCCCUCUUCUCUCAGAGCACUAGCUCUCCAGCCCCACAGGAGAGCAGAGGGAGGAGGAGGGCAGGCAGAAGAGCAGGUUCUUGGUGCUGCACCUUUGAGAACUUCCUAGUAGGGAUUCAUGGGGUGGAGUUUGGAAACUUGUGUCCCCUGGAUAAAUUUACUGGACUUCUCAUGAUGAUUGGGGCAAAAGAUGAAUCUAGGUCUUUUCCUUGAUUUCUUGUUUCAACUACAAACUCCUGUACUUUCUGGGGAGGGGUUCAGAAGAUAUCAAAACAAACAAACAAAAAACUGUAGCAGUUCCUAACUGAUUCUCAGGAGCAACUCUGAGACAGUCACGUGUGGGGAAAUCUGAGGGAGGCAGGAAGUUCUGCAGACUUAUGCAGAUCCUUCCCAAGUCCAUCACCACUGCCAACACUCUUUCCCCCAGAGAUCUGGCCCUUGCCCAGAAAAGAAGCAUGUGGUUAAAAAAAAAAUGUAAAUCAACCUGUAAAAGGUGAAAGGCAAUGGAAAUGAUGAAGCUGGAGAAUAGAGGCCCAGUUGCCACGGUAGAAAAGAGAGCUGUUAGCUCUCACCUUCUAGAUGACAUCAGGGGACAUUGACAAGACAGCUGCCAAUCAAAGAAGUCACCGUACUACAAAAGUAACAUUUCAGCCUUCAGAGAAAGACUACUAGCUCUGUCUUUCUGCCCUCUAAUUUAACAUGCAUGAGAAUCAAUAAACCCUACUUUUUAAUUUUUUAAUUUUCUUUAUAUAUUUUUCCUACCACUUGCCUAUUUAUUUUCCUCCCUCCCCCCAUUUCCUCACAAGUCUAUGAGAUUCUUGGGUUGUUUUGCCAGGGGCUAAUUUGGCUUUUCCAAGUGGGUUUCCUUUGCUGAACCUAAUGCCAUCCGAUUGACACCAGCCUGAUACCUGCCAUCUACUACCUUUGGCAUCCUUGAUUUAUCAAAGAUAUUAGAGAGACAAGAACUGUUGGACCAGAAAUACCAAGAGAAGGGAAUUCACCUCCCUUGACUCUACUUUGGAGAAAGCAAAUGUUCUACCUGGAAGCUCAAUUGCCAAACCCAGACAUGACAGAAGAUCUACUCUGAACUUCAUCAAGGCCUGGAGGAAACCGAGGAAAUUAGAAAUACUCAUCUGCCUUGUGGUCUGUUUGGCUCCCUCUGUUUGGAUAGUGGCCACUUGGCCUGAGUAAGUCAAAAUUCCCUAUCUGGCCCCUUCUUGUUUGUUUUUGACAGUGAAUAUUUACAUAUAAGAGACUGGACAUUUAUGUCAGAAUGUAAGUCUUGAGCAGCUUGAUUUGGAGGCCAAUGUCUGCUUUCUAGAGAGAUGGGCAACUCUGGCAGAAGUUGCCCUCUUCCUAUUGACCUAGAGAUCUGUCAGUCCAUGUUCCUUCAUUUGACAAUUACUUAACUGAAUACUUAAAAGGAGCAGUGUGGGAGGAAAAAAAGGCAAGACUUGUACGCUUACAUUCACAAUUUUAUUAUCUGGACCUUCCUGACCAUCAAAGAAAUGUAUCUAAAAUCUAAGGAGUAAACUGAGAAGACAUCUGUGAUUAGAUGUUCCUAUACAACAAGGGCCAGAAGAUCUGGGACCAAUGAAGUGGAACCUGGCAGACAAUGGAAUCUUGCUUGUCUGGGGGUGGGCAAGUCUACUUCCUGCCAUUUCUGGAAGCCCUCUGGGACCAGAUUCCAGACUGAGCUGCCUGCUGGGCUAUACAGUUUCAGGGCUGUAUAGAUCAGGGAUAUGUGGAUAAGCCUGGGCCUAAGCAUUUGCUCUUUAGAGUCCUAAGUAGUACAAGACUCUCAGAAUCUAUCAGCAGAACUUUGGAUCGCUGUUCUGCCCCCAUCAAGGAGUACAUGCAUCUUGUCCCUCAAGAUGGUCUAAACUGCCCUUCCCCCCACCCUGCAAAGCUUCUGUAUUCAUCUGGUAGCUUCCAGGUAUGACAGGGUCCUCUGUGCUGGAGACUAUUAUUGCUAUUGCUGCUAAUUCCAUGAACUGUGAAGAUCCCCAACCGAUUCAGCUGUAAAAUAUGCAAUUCUGUGGUGGAAAGAGGCUGUUCGUUCAAGGAUGGUGCUGAAAUCACUGCCUUAAGGUCUCUGCUGUGCAGAAUGAGGAGGCCCAGAGUUGGCUGUUGUAACAUAAAAGGAAGAGAAGAUCGGACAGUCCUACUUUGGACCUAGCUAGGCCUCUACUGAACCCUUUCUGAAGCUCCAGUCCUAGGGCAAGGCUCAGACUUUAAAUGUCAUCUUAACCUGAUGGCUGAGUCCUUAACUCUCUUAUUUCCUGGUGCUGCCCAGCCAGUGCCUUCUGUCAUCAAUGUUACUGGCUACUUGAGAAAAGAGAGAGAGAGAGAGAGAAGGGAGAGCCCCUUCUUCCAUUCUAACUGCCUCAGACCGCAGAAGGAUUCUUGUCUUUCUGAUAACCAUGGAUACCACCAUGAAUUUUAUUUGCAUCCUCAGCAGGUUGAUUCUGGAGGCCUCCCCUGAUUUUAACUUCGUUUCUAUUCCUGGGAUCUACCACCUUCUACUCUCAGUUGACUGCUGCAUUUAGCCCAGGUCUCUAAAUUGCUUUCUUGCAGAAAGUAUGUUUUCAUCUGGUGAAGUGUUAUUGAUGCCUCAAGCUUCUCCCCCUGGAGCCUAGACCCCAUUUUCAGUAGCAUAUCUGGGCCCUUCACUGUGGGGAAUCAGUCAUCUCACAAAAGAAUCAUGGAUACAUGGCAAGAAUAGAUGGAUGAGCUUCCUCAUGGUGCUAUAACAACCCCUUGGGAUGCUCGUCCAUUCUUUACUGCAGCAGUAGACCUGAGCUCCCCUCACUGCCCUACACUUCAUGACAAGGAACAAAUCCAUGGCAUUCUUACUUUCGCACCUGCUUCUUUGUUGAGAUUUCUUCUAGGAUCCCUCAAAAAAGGAAACUACUGGGCUCCAUAGCUAAAUUCUUAACCCUCCCCCACCACGCACCCUCAGAAGAAUCCCGCCUAUCUAAUUCUGGAAUCUGUGCUAUUUUUUUCCCCUGCAUCCCUACCCCACCCCUCAGUUCCAUCCUUCACCAAAGUUGUCUCAUAAAGAACAUGGUUCAGUACCAUCAGCCUAUCGGGGGAGCCAUCAGUCCAGGAGAGACUCCUGAGCAGAGUUCUCAUUUCUGGAUGAGAAAGAGCAAGAACAUUUGUCCAGUGUAUUUGUUUCUCAGACUCUACCUAGACGCUAAAA